AUGGCCGACGGUUCCGCUGCUGCGGCUAUGCUCCUCCCUAAACCAUGGUCUAUGGCAUCUAUGAGUCCCGAUGUUGAGUCUAUGGAGUUGGCCAAUCUUCCCGUUCGUCGUUGGUUAGAGAAGACUCCUGCUGCUGAAGCCCCGAAGAGGACUGUCGGUGAGUUCUAUGGUGCAAAGGUUGACCCCCGUACCAUUCUUGCCUUGCAUCAGUAA